AUGCUAUCAUUUAUUACAGGCGGCACAAAUAAGACCAUCGAAUAUGAUUAUCUAAUUGCUAUAGACUUUGGUACAACCUACUCCGGCUUUGAAGUAAUGAGCUUAAACAAACUGGAACCAAAAGCUGUUGAUCUAUUUAAUCAUACAAAGUGCUGUAAGACUGACUGGAAAUUCAAAUAUAUGGAGUCUGCGUUGCUGUAUAGCCCAACUAGAAGGGCACUCGUGAAAUAUGGAAAAGAGGCUGAUGGGUACCGCAGAAGAUACCCCAACUACGGAUAUGAUUAUGUGUCCAAAGUCAAGUUACACCUAGACGGAUUCAUCGAAGAAAAGGAUCUGCCUCCCCUACCAUCAGAUAAAACUCCACUAACAAUCAUUGCUGAUUUUCUGAGGAAAAUGUACAAAGAUAUCAACAACGAUAUAUACAAAGUAUAUCCCAAAUAUUACACCUCCAAGUACAGAUACUGUUUGACAGUCCCAGCUAUGUGGACUAAUGAAUCAAGAGAUCUCAUGAGAAAAGCUGCUGUCAAAGCAGGUCUUAUCUCAGAGCAUGACGACCCCAAAAGACUCUUGUUUGUUGAUGAGGCUAUGGCCGCUGCCUUGUAUGCUGAGCGUAACACAUCCGGUCCAAAACUCACGGACGGCCAGAGUUAUAUGAUUUGUGAUGCUGGCGGUGGAACUGUAGACAUUGCUGUAUUGGAAAAGAACGCCUUGUCGGAGAAAACCUGUUACAAAGAGAUUACCAUAGGAACCGGCCGUUCUUGUGGAUCAACUUUCUUGGAUAAACGAUUUAAAGUCUUGAUGGAAAAAAGCCUACAUAAACACCCUGAAUACACUGAAGCAGAUAUAGAACCCGCUCUAGAUGAAUUUAUAAAUACUAUAAAGAGAUACUUUGGCGAUUCUAUAUGCAAUCUAAGACCUGAGAUGAGUGAAAUAUGUGAUGGUGCCCAUCAAAACCCUACAUUUGCCGACAAAUUUUCAUAUGAUGAAAUCCGUAAAGAAGUGUUUGACCCAGUAGUAAAUGAGGUCAUUAGCACCAUCGAAACGCAAUUCGCACAGUUGGGUGAAAGAAAGCUGGAUGCCAUGUUUAUUACCGGGGGAUUUGGAAGCUCACCGUACCUUCAACACCGGAUCAAGGAAACCUUUAAAGAUCGAGUCAAACAUUUUGAGGUUGUCAGAUUUGGAACAAUGGCUGUAAUGAAAGGAGCGCUUCUGUACGGCAUCGACCAAAGUAUAGUAAUUAACCAUGUCUCGCGCCGCACAUACGGUAUCAUGCUAUGUGAGCCCUCUCACGCCUUCGAUGAGCCAAGGUCCUGGAGUAAUAGAUUUGAUGUGUGCAUCACUAAAGGUGAUCCUAUCAAAAGAGAUCGAUGGAUUAGUAGAACGCUGGAUUUGGAGAAAAAUCAUUAUACUGCUAUAUCUUUGUUUGCAUACGAUGGCGAUGAUCCAAUUCCCGAGUAUCCUACUGAAAAAAUGGCUCAUCUAGUGGCUGUUUAUAACAUUAAAUUUAGCAUUAAAGACAGAAGUGUUUCAAAUAAGAAUCUGGUCAUAGAUAUGUGGUUUGGUCUGGACAGGAUUGAGGUCAAGGCAGAAUUCGUAGACCACCAAUUUCGCUAUAAAACAGUAUCGGAUGUUAGCGGGAAAGUUACUGAACUACCUUUCUUAUCCCUCAAACCAGUGAUUGACAAGACAUCUUCAGACGAUUAUUUAACACAAUCGCUGUUUGGAAGCCUUCCCUGA